ACACAGUAGAAAGAAGCAGAGCUCCGAAAUAUAAAGGCAAUCGAAGACCGCGAACCGGUCUCUAUUAUUUAAGCUUCCUAGAAUGAAUACAGGCGAUCUCUUGGGAAUUCUAUUGGCUUGUAGCAUGGUGCAGGCCCUUCGGCCUUGCACCGACCAGGAGCUUCAGGGUGGAACGGCCGUGGUCUGCCACUCGGACGCGUUGUCAUUUUUGACACAAUGUAGCGGAGCUUGUGGAUCAGGAGGGAUAUUAAGAGGCUGGUAUGACAUCUGUGUCAACAUUGAAGUUGGGGAACGCUGUUCAAAGCUGGUUCAAUGUGAGCCACAAUGUAACCACGGCCAUUUCUCGGAGGACCAGCAUCGUUGUGUAUGUGAUCCAGGAUACUUUGGUGAAUGCUGUGAUAAGAGGGUAGACGUAUGCAGCUCUGUACGUGUGAUAUCAGACAAUGGCGCUAGGUCUGUGCAGUCUUCGUCCUCCAACAACUGCGAUUGGUUUCUGCCCCCGGGGUGGUAUCGUUUCGAUAGUCCAGCAGGAAACCGUCUGCCAGAAACACCGGUACCGUCUGGCUCAUGCGGUACCCAGGUGGCACUUUACCUCGACGGACGCCACCCACAGCCUGAGGAUGAUGUCGUCGUACGCCGAGUCUGUGGUGCCCAUGGGAACGAUACCUGUUUUUUCAAGUUGGACUUGGAAGUGAAAAACUGUGGCGACUUCGUGGCCUACAAACUCCGGCCGGCCUAUAUCUGCCCGAUGGCAUAUUGCCUCACAAAUGCGCCACCACCUACAGAAAGUCCACUAGUUUCAGAUAUAGGUGAAUUUCGAUGUCCGAGGCCGCACGGUUCCUUCGAGCAUCCUCAGACGUUCCGCCGCUUUAUCCAGUGUUCCAACGCUAAACCGUAUGUGCUGCGAUGUCCAAACUAUACCCUAUUUAACCCUAUCAAGGGAAUCUGCGAUUGGCCGCGAAAUCUGGAUAAAAAAGUGUUGGACAUGAUCAAAAGAAGGCACGUGGCCGUACUUCGUGGCAAAAUGGAUCCCGUCCAGGAGCGUUUAUCUGAGGUGUCACAGAGAGAGCAACAGAGAGAGCAACACAGCGUUGAGAGACGUGUGCAGAAAGUGGCCGAGAAAGUCAGCGUCGUACUCAACAAAGUCUACGAUGUCGUCCGUCACAACGUGGAAUCUGCACAGGAGGGGGUGAGGUGCCCAAAGCAGUACGGUGUCUUUGAGUAUCCGAACGACAGCCACAAGUUCAUCAGUUGUAGCCGAAGCAGACCGUCUGUAAGGGAAUGUCCAAGUGGCUCUGUCUUCAACCAGAAGCUGAGGAAGUGUUCGUGGACUUAGGACAGAAUUUCGUUGCUCGACAUCGCUUCUGAAAAAUAAAUACGACAAUCACUAAG